CGAAGUGAUGGCGUCGAGUGCGUUGGAGCCCGCGGUGCAGCAGCUGCUGAGCAAGCAUGAGUUCCUGGAGCUGGUGGAGACUGGCGAGAGCGACGGCAAGCGCGUGCGCGUCAAGUGCGGCCUGACGCAGCACGAGAUGCUGCCGCGCGCGGACGUGAUCGAGACGCACCUCAAGUCCAAGAAGUUCGUCAAGGCGCGCGACUGGUACUGCCACGACUACUCGCAGUACGAGCCAUACAUCGUGCCGCACCGACGGCUGGCCAAGAGCCUGUACUGCAACGUCACGGGUACCAUCCUCAACCGCAUCCCGGCGGAGGUGGAGAAGCACGUGCAGGGCAAGCGCUACAAGCGCAUGAAGCAGCACGUCAAGGUCAAGGUCCAGAGGAGCGAGGACGACCAGGACGGCAAUGGGAUGCCAGUCAACGGCGAGUUCGACGCCGACGCCUUCGAGUUCGCCAACAGCCAGGAUGACAUGGCCGACCUGUACCCGGACGACGAGUCUGACGAGGAGGAGAACAAGGAUAAGGACGGCGGUGAAACCAUGGAGGAGAAGCCCAAGAAGAACAAGCGCCCUGCCAAGGGCAACUCGGCUCCCAAGAAGACCCGACACAAGUCCAAGAAGGUCAAGAAGGCAGACUGA